UAUUUCUUAUUUUAAAUGUACCCAAUUCACAACUCUACUUUGUGUUUGGAGAGGAAGAAAAGGAGAGGAAAAUGGGAGGCCAAAAGCCAAGGAUGUUGAGCCUCAUAUUCACAAAGCUAAAACCUUACUUGGCUAUGAUCACCCUGCAGUUUGGAUAUGCAGGCAUGUUCAUCAUCACCUUGGUUUCUUUGAAGCGUGGAAUGAGUGAGCAAUUUUGUACUCAUAGUGUAUCGUCAUGCUGUUGCCACUCUCGUUAUUGCUCCAUUCGCACUUGUUCUUGAAAGGAAAAUAUGGCCUAAGAUGACUCUCUCUGUCUUCCUUAAAAUAAUGGCACUUGGUUUACUAGAACCAGUGAUUGAUCAGAACUUAUCCUACUUGGGACUGAAGUACACAUCAGCAACAUUUGGAUCUGCAGUUGUUAAUGCCCUCCCUGCCCUUACCUUUAUCAUGGCAAUUAUUUUCAGGUUGGAGAAAGUGAAUUUAAAGAAGAUACAAAGUGUGGCAAAGGUGAUUGGAACAGUGAUCACAGUAACAGGAGUAUUAGUGAUGACUUUGUAUAAAGGCCCUAUUAUUGAUAUCUUAUGGCACUCUAAAUCAAGAAAUCCCCACCAUAACACCACCAAUAGUACCUCUGCUGAUCAGCAUUGGGUCAUGGGGACAAUCAUGAUCCUUGGCUGCACUUGUGGUUGGUCUGCCUUCUUCAUUUUGCAAUCGAUUACAUUGAAGCAAUAUCCGGCAGAGCUGUCUCUGGCGGCAUUAAUAUGCUUGAUGGGCACGGUACAAGGUGCAGCCGUGGCACUUGCUGUGGAACGCGACAUGAGUGCCUGGGUGGUCGGUUUUGAUUCAAGGCUGCUUGCUGCAGUUUAUUCUGGGGUAGUUUGCUCUGGAAUUGCAUAUUAUUUGCAAGGAGUUGUAAACAAGGUCCGAGGCCCGGUGUUCGUCACGGCAUUCAGCCCUCUCUGCAUGAUCAUCACCGCUGUUCUUGGCGCCAUCGUCUUGGCCGAAAAAAUCCACCUUGGCAGUUUAAUUGGAGCAGUCAUAAUAGUUUUUGGACUAUACUCAGUGGUGUGGGGUAAAACUAAAGACCCUUUAAGCUCAGAAACAACAUUAACAACAACUGAGAAAGACAAAGCCUAUGCAUUGCCAGUAGUUGAUGCUAAUAGAUCAACCAUUGUUGAUGAUACAAAUGAUUGUGAACUUUCUGGCAAUAAGUUGAAGAUUCCAGGAAAAACUCCUCUAUCCCAAGAGCCAUGAAUGAUUCAGAAUAUUGCACAAAUGAGAAUCUCUCUCUCUCUCUCUAAAUAAUGCACCUCUUAUCUUUUUCAUGUACUUCGAGAUUCCAAAUGUGGCUUAUAUUCAAUCAAUAUUAUUAUGAAUUUUGUCAAUAAACUUUUUUUUUUAUUA